GCAUGACUGCUGCUGCUCACACAUCACAGCGCCCAGCCUUCUGUGUCCUAAAAAAAGCUUUCCCAGUCCUGACAUCCUGUUCAAAGAGAAUGGCAUUAAAGCCAACGAAGUUCGAGAGGGGAUGAAUAAUGAAUUCCAGUGGGCGUCACUCCGAGUUAGGCAGAGAUUUCAGUGAGAAGCCAUCUUCUCUGUGUCUGUUGUCGUUGCUCAUGUCAUGCAACAGCUGAGCCUGUACCAGAGACUCUAUAGGAUCUAUUUUCCUCUGUCCAUCUGCAUGUGUGUUUGUGAGAUAAGGGUACUUUUCAGUUACCUACACUAUGUGGUGAACUGUUCACCUACUUGAACGUCUUAGAUUGGCUGAAUGUUCACCUGAAGAUGGUCGAAGCAUGUGUAUGCCUAUGGCUAAUUAUUCACUUGACAAGCUAACGUCGAAGGCCAGAUCUUUUUACCUGCAGGCCACCUGCUUUAGCUAGCCAACCGAGCGCUGAUCUCCCACUGUUGGAGUGUCCUGCUCUAACGUUUCCUGAUAUUUAUUUAUUCAAAAAGGAGGAUGUGAGUUCUAUGGCCAGGUCCCCUCAGUGUGUGAGAGAGGGCUCAGUGACAAUGGGCUUCCUGGGAAAGUUUUGCUAACAGGGAAAUAGCCUGUCGGAGGAGCUGGCUGACAUCCCGCAAAAGGCUCAGGACCUGAACAGAAUGGAGAAAGAGAGGUGGACUCACUGAGAGGAAUAUGGGUUUCGGUGCCAUAAUUCAAUUAUUGUAUAGGAAUAAUAGUGUCAUCAUUUGUCUGAGGGUGGCGGUUUCCAUGCCAACACCUACAUAAAUAACGAGCACUACGCUUCAAGGUGCCUUAGGAUCUGAGCACCAGGGAGAAAUGAAGAGCUGGGCUUGCAGAAAUCCGUUUCCCAGCAGCAGCUCCGGCUCUAAGAUGGAUAGAGGGGGUUUGCAAUAGGAGGGAGGGAGAGAGAUGUUAUUGCUGAAGCACAGCAAAUGAGGGCUAUAGAGAGGGGAGGGUUGAGGAACGGAGGGAAGGCAAAGAGAGGGGAGAAAGGGGGCAUGCUCAACAGAUCAGAGAACAACAAUCGUCUUUCAACCACCCAUGCCCAGAAUACAAGGCUCCUGCCUACUGCCAACACGCAGGGAGGAAGAGAGAGGGGAGGGAGGUGUGACUUUCACCUGCUGGAGAAUCCAGCCUGUGUCUGCUCUGCUCUCUGCCUUCAGCUACAGAACCUGCUGUCAACCUUGCACAGACAGAGCAAGAUCACAGCACUACUGGAACAGCUGCACUCAGGGCUCUCUCUCUGCUGCUUCCUCCAACACUCCGGCACUCUCUCACUCUUAACACACACACUCACAGGCACACACACACUCAGGCACGUCCAGAACUCUACCACACACACACACACACACACACACACACACACACACACACACACACACACACACACACACACUCACGCAGGCACACCCCCUCUCUAUCUGUGCAGUGAGAAGCUCUGCCCGUGUCGGUGUGAGCGGUGGACUGUUUCUCUCUCUGGCGGCAGCAGUACUAGCAGCAGGACUGGUCCAGUGGAGGGCAGUCAACUCGCUCUCUCCAGACUCCAGGACAGCUCACGCUCUGGACUUUGGAAGCCCUCAAAAAGCCUCUCUCUCUUUCUUUCUUUCUUUCUUUCUUUUUUUCUUUCUCUUUCUCUCCUCUUUUUGCUUCUCUUUCUCUCCCCUCUCUCUCCGCCUCGACGUGACGCAGUGUUUCUGACCUUCAUCCCCCUGGUGUGCACAGCGUGGGCCAGUGGGACAGCCAUGGAGGACACCCUCACCUGCAGCCCUGCCACCUUCUCCCAGGUGUUUGGACGUCAGGGACAGCUCAUGCAGGCUACGGUCCAGUCCCUGAACAGUCUGAAUGACCAGAUAGUCCACUUCAUGGUGACCAGGCCCGGCACUCUGUCCCGGGAGGGCGAGGCCUUCAUGCCCGGAGAGAGAGACACCUUGAAGAAGUCCAUGGCCCUGAUGAGGCACCUGCUCAUGGACGCACAGGGGAAAAUCCUUAAAAUGAUGGAAGACAACAAGCAGCUGGCUCAGAGGAUCGAUGGGGCCAUCCAGUCUGCCAGUCAGGAGGUAACCAACCUGCGCUCAGAGCUGUCGGCCACCAGCCGUAGACUGGCAGAGCUGGGGGCCAGCAGCCCCCCCUCGCCCCUGGAGAACAACCACCAGCAUCACCAGCACAACCACCAUGACAGCCUCCGCUACCAGGAUCAUAGGCAGAAGUCGGUGGUGAGCGAGAUCUGUUACCAGACAGAGAUCUCCAGCCUCAUGGACUUUGGCACCCCAGACUCCUCGCUCGACAAAGUGUUGCUGCGUGAGGAGGUGGCCCAGCUGCAGGAGGAGGUGCACCUGUUGAGGCAGAUGAAGGACAUGCUGAGUAAGGACCUGGAGGAGACCCAGGGCUGCUCCUCUCACCUCCUUUCAGCUACUGAGCUCCGUGUGCAGCUGGGAGACAAGGAGCAGGAGCUGGACCGCGCCAAGGAGGCCUUACAAGCUAUGAAGUCUGACCGUAAGCGUCUGAAGGUGGAGAAGGCCGACUUGGUGAACCAGAUGCAGCAGCUGUACACCACACUGGAGAGCCGGGAGGAGCAGCUCCGAGACUUCAUACGCAACUACGACCAGCACCGUAAGGAGAGUGAGGAUGCUGUGAAGGCCCUGGCAAAGGAGAAGGACCUGCUGGAGAGGGAGAAAUGGGAUCUGAGGAGGCAGACCAAAGAAGCUACAGAGCAGGCCUGCAUCCUGCGUUCUCACAUGGACAUGAAGGAGAACCGCAUCAAAGAGCUUGAGGCUGAGCUCACAAUGGCGAAACAGUCCCUGGCCACGUUGACUAAGGAUGUGCCGAAACGCCACUCCCUGGCCAUGCCCUCAGAGCCGGUGGUGAACGGCAGUCAGGAGUGGGCGAUGCAGGGAGACUUGCCCCUCACCGCUGCCAUCCGCCAGAGCCAACAGACCCUCUACCACGGACACACUGUGGACCGCCAGGCGGUGGUCAGGGUCAGUCCCUGUCACUCCCGCCAGCCCUCCAUCAUCUCGGACGCGUCGGCGGCUGACGGGGAUCGGUCGUCCACCCCAAGCGACAUCAACUCCCCCCGCCACCGGACCCACUCCCUCUGCAAUUCUAUGGAGGACCUGGAGGACCAGAAGCGUAAGACAAAGAAGAAGGAGAAGAUGAGUCUGGGCUCCCUGUCCCGGGUGUUUGCUCGGGGAAAGCAGCGCAAGUCAAUGGACCCGGGCCUGUUUGAUGACUCUGACAGCCUCUCCAGCCUAUCAACACAACAACCCAGCCUAUCAGACGGAGAGGAGCAGCUGGACCGCCUCCAGCAGAUGGAGCUCACUCGGAACACACCCAUGUCACUGUGGAAGGCAGGGGCGGUACAAGCCUGGCUGGAGGUUGUCAUGGCAAUGUCCAUGUACCUUCGUGCUUGCUCGGAAAACGUCAAAAGUGGGAAGGUGCUGCUGGGGCUGACAGACGAGGACCUGGAGCUGGGACUGGGCAUCAGUAACCCCAUGCACCGCAGGAAGUUACGCCUCGCCAUCGAGGACUACAGGGAGGCAGAGUCUGGCCAGGGGCUAUCAAAGGCUGCUGAAAUGGACCAUCACUGGGUUGCCAAAUCUUGGUUGAGUGACGUCGGGUUGCCCCAGUAUUCCCAAGCCUUCCAAAGCCAACUGGUGGACGGCCGGGUGCUCAACUCCCUCAGCCGACGAGACCUGGAGAGACUCCUGAACAUCACCACCCACUCCCACCAAACCAGCCUGCUCCUGGCCAUCCAGCUCCUGCAAUUGCUCAACUUUGACAAAGAGGUCCUGGAGGCUCGUCGAGCCCAGUGUGAGCACAAGGACCAGGACCCAGUGGUUUGGACUUGCCAUAGAGUCAUAAAGUGGAUCAGAGACAUAGACCUAAAAGAGUAUGCUGACAGUCUUCAUGGCAGGGGAGUCCAUGGUGCUGUGUUGGCUCUGGACCCCUCAUUUGAUGCAGAUGCCAUGGCCAAGGCCCUGGGAAUCCCCAGCCACAAACAUAUGCUUCAUCGGCACAUGUUUGAGGAGAUGAAGACUCUCUCCAUCCCUGCCAGGCAAACUAGUGUGGAGCAGGAUUGUGAAGUGCCGGGAACGGGAGCCCCACCACAAUCCCCUUCUGCUGUUAGCCGCUAUAACGAGGAGAUAGUGUCCAUGAGACGAAGGUCAGGCAAGAGUCCUCUUCGGUUUAACCCAAAGAUCGCCAUUGGGCGGGGCCUUGGUUACCAUGGCAGCUGUGGAUCUCUGCCCAGAGAGGCACGGGUGCAGGCUGUGCCCAGGACAAAGGGAAGUCCCAUGCACACCUACAAGAAUGUAGAGAUCACCAAUGUCUGAACUGUGCCCUGUGGGGGAUACAGGUGGUUGGGCUACAGGGGGAAAAGCAUUCAAUAUCAACAGAAUUGCUGUUUUUUGACCAUCUAAAAUAAAUCCAAAUCUUAGUUUUUGGAAUUGACGAUUUUAUUUUCAAUUUCAGAAACAUUUGAUUUAUUGUUCUACAGUAAUAAAUAUCAGUGGACUUAAUGCCUUAUGUUUGAAUAGGAGAAAACUGUAAACACGUUGUAACGUUCAAAGCUCCACUUUGCAGGAAAGCUGGUGGCAUAUGUUUCCUUUCAAAGAAUGACCGUCACAAUUGUCCUUUAACAAGGCAUCUCUUGUAACAUACAUGGAGGAACAUGAUGGUAAUAAUGUGUUGGCGCAUAGCAAAAGUCCAUGGAGGGUGAAAGUGGCCUGUUCCCGUUGCCAUGUCAGGAGGAUGAUCAUUCACGGUGGUCAGGAUCUCUGGAAGGAAGAAGCACGCCUGAUGUCUCGGUCCUUCGACGUCCAUGCCCUGUUCCAUGUAUCUCCCUGGCCGGCCUCCGUGUGAAAGGAAAGAGAUGUUGGCCCGGCCUGCCUGGGUUUCCUGGCUCAAAUCAGUUGCAGAUGUUCACUACUUGUCUGGAACUUGGGACCCAUAUCUUCGGGAAAACCGCCAUUCCCUGGGUUCCAUGUAAGUUUAGAAUUACAUUCCCAUAUUGUGAGAGAUAACUGGCCUUGAGUUAAGACAACAGCCAUCAGGAGAAUAAGGUG